AUUUAUACAACAAUGAAGUUUUUGAUUUGUACCCUGUUAUUGACAACGGCAAUCGUUUCUGGAGAGGAUGCUGCAAAGAAAUCCUCUAAAACAGAAAAGCGAGGCCUUUUAAGUUUGGGUUACGGAGGUGGAUCCGACUACUCAUCGUCAUACGGGGGUCAUGGAGGUGAUAGCGGUAUUUUAUUAAGCUCUGGAGGAGGACAUGGAGGUGGUUUCAGCAGUGGUGGAUCUAUAAGUAUUGGAUCAAGUGGUCAUGGAGGAUUAGGUGGUGGUUACGGAGGCGGCUAUGGAGGUGGAUUCGGAGGUGGUUUAGGAGGAGGAAUUGGAGGCGGUUUCGGUGGAGGUAUUGGAGGUGGUGGUGCAGUAAGCGUUGGCCAAGGAACAAUUCAAGCCAUUACCAUCACCCAACAAGUUCCAGUACAUAUUCCACAACCAUAUCCAGUGACAGUUGAACGCAAAGUACCUGUACCAGUAAAAGUUCCAGUUCCAGUUCAUGUUGAUCGUCCAUAUCCAGUCCAUGUACCAAAACCAUACCCAGUAACAGUUACAAAACCAGUACCAUAUCCAGUCGAAAAACCAGUACCAUAUCCAGUUAAAGUACCAGUCAAAGUAGCUGUUCCAGUACCACAACCCGUUUACAUUACCCGCACUGUACCAGUUGUAGUUUCAUCAGGAGGUAGUGGAUUUGGCGGUGGAUUCGGUGGUGGAUCCGGAGGUAGUGGAUUUGGAGGUGGAUAUGGAGGUGGUUAUGGGGGUGGUUACUCUAGUGGCGGUUACUCCAGUGGUGGUUACUCCAGCGGUGGACAUGGUGGAUAUUCCAGUGGAUCAAUCAGUUUAGGUGGUGGUCAUGGAUUCUCUAGUGGUGGAUCCGGAGGUUACUCCCUUGGAGGUGGACAUGGAGGUUUUUCAAGCGGUGGUUACUCCAGUGGUGGACAUGGCGGUAGUAGUUAUUCAACCAUCAGUCUUGGUGGUGGAUCGUACGGUGGCUCCUCCUAUGGUGGACAUCAUUAAAGUUCAUUGUUGUACAAAAGAAAAGAAGAAAUGUUUUUAAAUUGAUCAUCAUUUAUUCAUCAUCAUCGCCAUUAAAUUCAUCAUUAAUUUCAUUUUAAUUCAAAUUUAAUUCAUUUUUUGUAAAUAGUAUUAACAAUACCUGCAAUUUUAAUAACAUAACAGAGCAUCUCUCACAUUAUCGCGUUUAAUUCAUCUCAUAU